UGACGUCUUGGAGUUGUUCUUGUUGGAUCGUAUGAUAUCUGAUGAUAGAUUCCAUCGGUCUUAGGUAAGAUCUUUAUGAACGAGAGAAUGCUUCCGGUGAAGAAUUCCGACCUCUGGCUUUUGUGAUAUUUAGUUUCUCUUGCAGGAUCAAUUCUCCAUCGACAUAACAUGGAUGUCAGUGACGAUGGCGAAGGCUCUCUCGAGGUCGGCACAACCGGCACCAUUGGCUCCCUGAUGACUCGAGAAUUAGAAUCCAUGAAGCACUCGGAACAAGCAUCUUCUUCCGCUCGAAGAAGACAACAAACAGGUCCCGUCUUCGUACCCUGCGGUGCUGCUCCUGGGAAAGCAUCGCGAAGGAGAAAUCAAGCAGAUGGAUGUGGCAGCAGCGGCAGCAGUAUCGGGCAGGGUCACUGUGCGGAUGCUCAGAAACGCCGACACAGCACACGCAAAAAUGGCCAUCGAGUUCCGAUAUUAGGGUAUGGUGACAGUCCGAUGGCUCGGAACUCUGGUACGGAUAAGGUGGAGAAGAAAGGUCAGGGUUACACUGUGGAAGUUGUCGAUCUGAAGUGCAGCAACCCGAUGAGCAACCGCCUCAAGAAGCUCAGCUUCUCCAAGCUCUCCGAAUCCAUCUCCUAGUCCUCGGGCAUGCUCAGCUUCUUCCCACUCUGUUCUCAGCAGGCAUUAACUCGAUGUGUAAUACCCUCGAGAAAGGGAAGCUGCCCCGAGGGUGGGAGACUUUGACAAUUUGCACAGCCACCGAGGAAGAUAGAUACAAGAUUUAUGAGACGCGGAUUGGCGGUCACCAACCAAG